CACCGGAGGUCAAUCUGUCGGCUUGGUGUCAAAGUCGGUCCUCCCACGUCUCCGCGAGCUAUCUCCUGAGUUCAAAGGACACGAGUCUUGCCCCGGGGUUUGCCAGCCAGAGGCUGUCUUUAUCAGGUGGAGGUUCUACUGGGAGUUGGCCACUGCAGCCUCGGUCAGCCUGGGAUACACUUUCCUCUGAUAGGAGCCACAGACCAAAGCCAAGAUGUCCAAACUGGUCAACGUUCGCGUCACUACCAUGGACGCAGAGCUGGAGUUUUCCUUUAACAAAAGCACCAAAGGAAGGCAGCUGCUUGAGCAGGUUGCCAGGACGAUUGGCCUCCGUGAGAUUUGGUACUUCGGCCUUCAGUAUGUGGACAACAAAGGAAUUGUCUCGUGGCUGGUAGAAGACAAGAAAGUGACGGAACAGAACAUAAAGAACGAGACUCCCCUGCAGUUCAGAUUCCGGGUCCAGUACUACCCCGAGGACGUGGAAGAGGAGCUGAUCCAGGACGUCACCAGGAAGCUCUUCUUCCUGCAGGUGAAGGACCACAUCCUGUCCGACGAGAUCUACUGUCCCCCGGAGACCGCUGUGCUUCUGGCCUCCUACGCCGUGCAGGCAAAGUACGGCGAGUACGACAAGUCGGUGCACCGGCGGGGAUACCUCUCCUCGGAGCGUCUGCUCCCGAAGAGAGUGCUGGAUCAACACAAGCUGUCGAAGGAGCAGUGGGAAGACAGAGUGCAGGUCUGGCACGAGGAGCACAAAGCCAUGCUGAAGGAAGAUGCGAUGAUCGAGUACCUGAAGAUCGCUCAGGAUCUGGAAAUGUACAGUGUUACCUACUUUGAGAUCAGAAACAAGAAGGGCACGGAGCUGUGGCUGGGCGUGGACUCGCUAGGGAUAAACAUCUAUCCAAAGAAUGACAGGCUCACCCCAAAAAUUGGAUUUCCCUGGAAUGAAAUUGGAAACCUUUCUUUUGACAACAAGAGAUUUGUCAUCAAGCCCAUAGACAAAAGAUCUCCACACAUCAUGUUUCACGGGACACCAGCUCGCAUCCACAAGGGCAUCAUGCAGCUUGCUCAGGGCAACCACCGCCUGUACGCGCGCCGCCGCAUGGCCGACAACAUCGAGGUUCAGCAGAUGAAGGCUCAGGCCAAACAGGACAGGCUCCAGAAGAAACUGGAGAGGGAUCAGCUGGAAAGCGAGAAGAAGAAGAGAGAAAACAUUGAGAGGGAGAAGCAGCAGAUGGAGAGAGAAAAACAGGAGCUGAUGAUGAAGCUCUACGAGUUUGAAGAGACUACUAAGAGAGCGGAGCGAGAUCUUCAGGAGCAGCUGGACCGGGCCAUGAGGCUGGAGGAGGAGAGGAGGAGGGUGGAGCAGGAGGCGGCCCGGCUGGAGGCUGAGAGGAUGGAGGCCAUAAUUGCCAAGGAGGAGCUGGCCAGGCAAGCCGAGGAGCAGAUGAAGAGCCAGGAGCAGCUGGCUGCAGAGCUGGCCGAGUACACGGCCAGGAUCACUGAGCUGGAGGAGGCCAAGAGGGCCAAGGAGGAGGAAGCUGAGACAUGGCACAUGAAGGCUGAGGAAGUGGAGCAGAGCCUGUUGAGGACGAAGGAAGAGCUGCAGAGUGUGAGGACCCCGUCCAACUCGGCUCCUCCGGGUGGCUCCCAUUCCCCCUCCUCCUCCUCCUCCUCCUCCUCCUCGGACAGCGAGAGCGACCACGAGCACAGCGAGGAGAACAGCACCUACAGCGCCGAGCUGCACUCGCAGGAGAUCAGCGAGGACCACCUGGAGGAGGAGCGACUCACCGAGGCGGAGAAGAACCAGCGCCUCAGGAAGCAGCUGAUGGACCUGAGCUCAGAUCUGGCGCAAUCCAGACACGACACCAAGAAGACCCAGAACGACCUGCUCCACGCUGAGAACGUCCGGGCCGGACGAGACAAGUACAAAACCCUCCGUCAGAUCCGCCUGGGCAACACCAAGCAGAGGGUGGACGAGUUUGAGGCUUUGUAGAGAAGACUGCUCCAGAAUACCUCGGGAAUGAUCUCCUCAGCGUAUUACAUAAUGUAGUGAUUGCACCCAGUGGUGGUUCUGGCCAGAAUGGCGCCCUUGGCGAGGCUUUCAUGCCCCCCAUGACUCACACACACUCCCAAAAAGAAAAAUCCAUUCUUUACGGCAUAGGAAUAUUUUUUGUGACAUAAAUACCAAAGAUAAUACAGUAAAAGUGUCACAACUCACAAGAGUUUUAGAAAAGUGUAAUCAGUGUAGAAUAAUUAUGUCUAUGAUUAACCAUUGUGCUUUUCAUGCUAGUUUUAAUCUGAGGUCUCGGUGCACAAAAAGCAUUCAAAAUAUUCGACUUUGCGUUUUUAUAAAAGUAAUAGAGAAUUUCUGUCCAGUUUAGAAAUAUUACGUUCAGGUCUGGUUAUCCAGGUCAUUUUAAAUGUUAAACUAAAGAUGAACAAAUGAAGUUCCCUUAAAAAUAGUCAAGUAACCCUUUGACAUAGCACUGGCCACUAGCCAUUAGCUAAAGCUGGAGUGUACAACCAUUUUAUUCCUUUUGUGCUUACACAUCAGGCAACAGACGGAUCACCUAAUCCCCAUUGACCGAACAUGCAAAUAAACAAUUUAAAAGACCUUUUUCCGGCUUGAUAGUUACGCUGGCCCUACGGCCAUGCCUCCCUGGGCAGUGUGCCAUAUCCUCCACAGCAAGCAACGCCACUGAUUACAGUCAUAUGUAACUUUAAGAUCCGGAAUAAGGAUGCUCUUCAGCUGUAUGAAAGUACUUCCAUGAAUUUUACUUGACUGCGUGAAAGUAUGACGACCACAUUUUAUCGUGCUGGAACAUUUCUAAAAAGGUGUGGGGGGACGGGUUGUUUGUUUGUUUGUCUUAGGAUAAUUGCAGAGGACAUAUGUUAAUCAUAAAUUGCAAAGUUUGCAUUUGCCGUUUAGUUUUCUGAAAACCCGUGACUUGGGUUAGAUUUGUUCAAUGAACACAAUAUGUUGUAAACAACCGUCAAUUGCUAAUAAAUAACUACUGCUGCUGGAUCUGUGACUCGCCACUGAAAUGUGUUGCGUAUACUUUAUUUGUACUUGUAAUUCAGAAAUCAAAAUAAGUCAGUUUCAAAUAAUAAUAAAAAAACUAUCCAAUUGAA